AAGCAACGAGGAAACCAAAGCAACGAAGAUUACUUCAUUUUCUCAAAACGGGGGCCGCCAGGGGUUCGAAUUCUCUACCUUCACAUGGUCAAACUCUUCCCAGAACGCCGUACAGAAUUGCGGGUGCGAACAACUCAUACCUCUGUAACGAUUAGUUAUUAGAGACAUUGAUAACAAUCACCAAAACUCGUGCAGAUUUCCUGUCAAAAGUAUUGUACUCGGAGCUCUACGGAAUGCACUCCGAAUUGUAUGGAAUGAAUCUGCAGCUUACACGUUUGGAAAUUUGCCUGCAAUUUAAGUGAGCGCCUUAGCAUGCUUGUAUCAUUAGUAUCGAGAAGAGUAAGCUCUUUAGUAUUAUCGAGAAGGCUGGUAGUUCAUUCAAUGGGGGAAGAAUGGGGAAGCCUGAAGCUCAAGAGUUUAGCGCAGCAGCUGAGGUUUUACAAGCCCCCUGACUCAGCGGUGUGGGAGAAUCAAACGGAAGAGAGCAGCGGAGGAGGGGUUUCUUCGCAAUUGGGCGUGGCUGAAUCCGUCGCAUUUUCGUCUAAUUCGCCAGAGGUUUGUGCAGCGAGGAAACGGACAAAAAGGGCAGGUGUGCUCAUCUGUUUGUUUGAAGGCUCUCAGGGUGAUCUAAGGGUUAUACUCACCAAGCGAUCUGGCAAUUUGAACUCCCAUUCAGGAGAAGUUUCAUUACCUGGAGGUAAAAUGGAAGAAGGAGAUGGAGAUGAGUCUGAAACUGCUUUGAGGGAAGCAAAGGAAGAGAUUGGUUUGGAUCCUUCCCUUGUCAAAGUCAUGACUACUCUAGAACCCUUUCUGUCCAAGCAUUUUCUGAGAGUUGUACCUGUGGUUGGAUUAUUAACUAAUAGGGAGUCAUUUAUACCAGUUCUAAAUCCAGGAGAAGUAGAUGAGAUCUUUGAUGCACCCCUCGAGAUGUUCUUGAAGGAUGAGAACCACAGAUCUGAAGAAAGAGAAUGGAUGGGUUUCAAUUACACUGUUGACUAUUUUGAUUAUGAAACUGAAAACAAGAAAUUCUUAAUCUGGGGUUUAACUGCUGGCAUCUUGAUACGUGCUGCCUCUAUUGUUUACCAACAGCGUCCAGCAUUUACAGCAACUAUGCCAGAUUUUAAUGGAAUCCAAAAGUCUAUUUCUGGACAUGAUCCCAAGUUAUGAAUCGAGAUGAAUCUCAAGGUAUCUUUAUGCUUAUGACUAAAGCAAUUAAUCAUUGACAGAUUAUUGAUGGCAGUAAGAGAGGCCAUGCAAAGUGAUCGUGGUGUCUGAUUAGUGAGAAACGCUAUAUUUGUAAUCUGUGUAACUCAAAUAUUAUUUCCAACUCUAUGCAUUUGGAAGCGCGUUGAGACAAACUUAAUGAGUUCCCUAUUUAAAAACAAGAGAUGCAAAGCGUCGAGUUCCUGUCGAUAGAUUUUAAGUUGUUGUGUAGAUGUCAUGAGAAUGAUAAAAGCAUUUGAUUUACUUUAAUUUGGAAAUUAAUGAGGAAAAAUAUGGGACUAUGUUGUAGUGUUAGGCGGGAUGCAUUAUUUGAACUUUAUCUUUUGUAAGGCAAAAAUCAGUUGUGCCUGAGGCAGCCAAACUCUCUGUGUUAAUACAAAGAUGAAAGACUUGUAGAGACUUAA